CUCCGUUUCAUUCAGUUGUAAUCAUAUCUGUAAUGUAUGUGAGGCCUUUGAGACAUCAUAGUAAAUAUGUUGACUUGUUGGUCAAGGGAAAUGCAAGUUUACUUCUUUGAGUUUUUGAGUUGCUGAGUCGCUAAGCCUUGUGGGAUAUUAAUGAAUGUGAACUCAGCAACCGUAAUUCCAGAACAGUCCCACUUUUGUAAUAGUGGGAUGUGUAUCUUCUGACAGACUCUAUGCUGAGUAAAGUCAUGUUUUUAUCCUAAAACGUUGUUCUACCAGAACCAAAGUGUGGAUGCAGUCACUAUUUAGAGCAGUCUAAUCUCAUUCACCCAGAACUAUAAUCUUGUGUGAUUAAGUUCUGGGUCCAUACAUGUUAGAAACUACAGGUGAGUCACAUGUUAUUUGUUACAGCAGUUUCCAUGGAAACAUACAGAGGAGUUUAUGCAAAUCAACUCUUUCUGUCUUGACACAUGAAGGAGGAGUCUCUGAAAACCUAUUUAAAGCAGUCUGUCCUGACUCAGAUCAACAGUCUCCAGUCUACCAACUGGUCUCUGAAAUAACUAUUUAAAGCAGUCUGUCCUGACUCAGAUCAACAGUCUCCAGUUUACCAACUGGUCUCUGUAACUUCAUCUUUGUCUCUGUGGUGUACAGUCUUCAGGUGAUGAUGGGGGUAUUGAAUCAUCUCUCUACUCUCCUCCUUCUCUCUCUCCUUCCUCCUGCUCUCUCUCAUGUAGUGAAGAAGUUCAGUGAUGUUCCACAGUGCAAGAGUUUCUUCCUGAAGGGGACAACUCCAAAUCUCCCAGGUAUUUUGGUUGGUGGGAUAUUCAAGGACGAUGGCCCCUACAAGCCGAUCUGCCAGAAGUACAAAAACUUCUACAGGUUUGCAACUCUCUACGACACAUACAACAGGAUCCCUGUGUUCUCAGCCUACACCUUCACUGGUAAUACAACGGGUCGACCAAUAGAUCGCUGGAUGAUCGAGCCUGGGCUCGAAGGGGUAAACCGCACUGAAAUGCAGAUACAAGAGGGAGGCAGUUACAAACACCAGGCUGAGCAAAAGGACUAUAAAAACUCAAAAUAUAGAGGGGUGAACAGAGGUCACCUCUUCCCAAGUUCACAUGCUCAUGACCUUGAUACUCAGACGUCCACCUUUACCCUGACCAACAUCGUUCCCCAGGUGGUGUCCUUCAACGAUGGCAGCUGGAAGACAAUGGAGGGAAAUGUCAGAGGAACUCUGAAGCUUAACUGUAAGGAUGCUAACGACCAGAUAAAAGCCUAUGUGGUGACUGGAGCAGUUCCCAACAACAACAAAACCAAACUGAACAACCGAGUGAACAUCCCGUAUCUCAUGUGGACAGCCUACUGCUGUGAAAACAAGAAGUACAAGAAGAACAAGAAGUGGAUGGCCGGAGCAUACUGGGGGGAGAACAAGAAGGGGACAGGGGCAUUGGAUCAACAAACCUUGGGAGCACUCGAAAUCAUGUUGAACAGAUAUUACAAAGGUAAAGAUGGUCCUGUCAAGGUGUUCCCAGAAGAUUGUCCAAGAGGUCCUAAACCUACCACUUCCCCCUAACCCAGUUGGAAGAAUUCCUUCCGUAGUGAGGAAUCUUUACAAUUCCAUGAGAAAUAGUUCUGGAAGGAUCUUUGGAUGAUCUGGGUACAGAUGCUCACACCAUAUCAACAAACUAUCAUUACUGUUAGACUAAUUAUUAUCAGGGUUAUAAUGGUAAUGAGGGUUAUAAUGGUAAUGAGGGUUAUAAUGGUAAUGAGGGUUACAAUGGUAAUGGGGGUUGUAAUGGUAAUGAGGGUUAUA